UAAAUAGGGAAGUAAUUUCUAUUCGCUUUUAUUUCGGAUUAUUAGUGCUAUUGAGAUGAUUCAAUGUGUGUAUAGGGAAUUUAUUUAUCUGUGGAGUUCGAUUAGCUAGUUUAGUGCAGGGAGGCGGGUUACUCAGACCCGCAGCAGCACUGUGUGUGUGUGUGUUUAUGAGGAGGUCAUGAGGAUCUGUGUAUUAUAACCUUAUGAUGAUGAUGAUGAUGAUGAUUUAAUGAACUUCAGCAGCAGCAGGAGCAGGAAGUUCUGCAGGCAGGAGAUGGGUCAGUGGACGGGGCGGUGGGUGACCGCGGCUCUGCUGGCGCUGCUCUGCCCGGGCUGUGGGGCUGCAGAUCUGCCGAACUUCGUGCUGCUGUUCGCGGAUGAUCUGGGUUAUGGAGAUCUGGGGUUUGGGGGGCACCCCUCCUCACUCACCCCCAACCUGGACCGACUGGCCGCGCGCGGACUGCGCUUCACCGACUUCUACGCCACGAGCCCGGUGUGCAGCCCCUCCAGAGCUUCUCUGUUGACGGGUCGCUAUCAGACACGCUCUGGGAUCUACCCUGGGGUCCUGUACCCGGGCUCCAAGGGUGGGUUACCGUUGAAUGAGACCACCAUUGCAGAAGUCUUGAAGCCACUGGGCUACACCACAGCCAUGAUGGGGAAAUGGCACCUGGGCCUUGGGGCAAAUGGUACCUACCUGCCCACCCGACAAGGCUUUGACCACUACCUUGGCAUCCCGUACUCGCAUGAUAUGGGACCCUGUCAUAAUCUGACGUGCUUCCCUCCUGAUGUGAAGUGUUUUGGGUUCUGUGAUCGAGGUGUGGUAACAGUGCCCUUGAUGUCUGGGGAAACCAUCCUGCAGCAGCCUGUAGAUUUCAUCAACCUGGAGAAUUCCUACAGUGACUUUGCCACUAAGUUCAUCCGUACAGCAGCUCAGAACAAGCAGCCCUUUUUUCUCUAUUAUCCCUCUCACCACACUCACUACCCUCAGUUUGCGGGGUGGAAGGCGGUGGGCAGGUCUCUCAGAGGGCCGUUUGGAGACUCCCUGCUGGAGUUCGACUCCACUGUAGGAAACAUUCUGCAGACUCUAGAGGACACUGGCGUCCUUAACAACACCCUCAUCUUCUUUACCGCUGAUAAUGGGCCAGAGCUUAUGCGCAUGUCUCAUGGAGGAAAUUCUGGUUUGCUAAAGUGUGGUAAAGGCACUACAUAUGAAGGAGGAAUGAGAGAACCUGCCAUUGCAUUCUGGCCUGGAGUCAUCCAGCCUGGUGUCACUCACAGUCUAUCCAGCACUCUGGACGUCCUGCCAACUUUUGCCAAACUGUCUGGAGCCUCAUUACCCAAAGUGCAUCUAGAUGGUGUGGACAUGACUGAUAUAUUGUUCAACCAUGGACUAGGAAACAGGGAUGCCAUGUUUUACUACCCUACUGACCCCAGUGAGAAGUAUAGUGUGUUUGCAGUGAGACUGGGGAAAUACAAAGCUCACUAUUACACACGGGGAGCAGCACACAGUGACACCACUCCAGACCAGGACUGUCACAUGAUCUCUACCCUGAAGCAGCAUGAUCCUCCUCUGCUGUUCGACCUGGAGUCAGACCCUUCUGAGAAUUAUAACUUGAGCCCUAAGGAUUACCCAGAGUUGGUUGACGUGCUGCAGAAAAUCCAGGACCUGAAGGACCAGUUUGAGGCCUCCAUGGUGUUUGGGGAGAGUGAGAUCGGUAAAGGAACAGACCCUGCACUGGAGCCCUGCUGUACCCCACAGUGCUCUCCCAAACCCGAGUGCUGCCAGUGUGGAAGUCAGGGGUACUGAUCAUGUUUUGCUUUGUGAUUAACAUUACAGUAUUUUAAUCUUUUUUUAAUCUUCAUGCUGGACACUGUGAAAAAUGUCUGCUGUGGUCUUUGAUCAGCACUUAAUGUCCUCAGGAUUUCUGUACAAGGGAGUGAGAUCAGAGACAAUCUCACUUGGGAAGGCGAGGCACAUUCUAACACCAUUUUUGUUUUGUUAAAUUAUGUUAAAAUCAUUUGAUCAUAUUUUAAUAUUGUUUAUACAAGUAACUCAUACAAUACUGGUAUAAUAGAAUAAAAUAAUAAAAAAAAAGUUUAUUUCCAGAACGAUCCAUUCCAAACAAUUCAGCAGUAAGCAAGUUGUGUGCGAAUGUUACAACCCCUUAGUGGGGGUUAAUUGAAACAAAUGGCUUUUGUUUUUUGUGGCUAAUGUUCCCUAAAAAAUCAAUUAAAUUGACUUUUAACAUUUAAUUCAGUAUCACUAAUUUAAUGUGUUUUUAAUGGUGCCUUAACCCACGUUCUUUGAUGUCUCGCUCUCCUUUAUAUUAAGUAAUGCAGUUGCUGCCUCAUACACAUUUUGUCUUGAAUGCUCAUUGAAAGCUAUGCACUGGUGCAAUCUGUA